AAACUAGUUUUGUCACAAACACGUACAUCUUUGACCUGAUGUGAACUCUGCCCGCUGUAGGAGCCUUGCCUUUUGGCAAAUAAACAGUAGCACAUGGUUCCACCCGUUGCCCAUGGUAACAGACUAUUGCUGUGCUGUUUCGUAACGCUUGUAUUUCGCUCGCUACCUCAAUAGUAACGAAGGUAAAGAACUCGGGUGUGUUGGUUGUAAGUGAGCAGUACAGGAUGUUUAGGAACCGAAUUUCAGUUGUACGUAAGGCAAGAGCUACGUCAAAGUCAAACACUACACAGUCAUCACUCGGAUCGACCAGUGCGGGAGGUGGUGAGAAAGGUGAUGGACCAAGCGGUGUACCAGCGGAAUACGUUCCACUACCAAGCUCUGUAAGUCUACCAAGCGACACACCAUCGGUGGGAAACGAAUCCGUUGUAAUGGAGUGCGCCAAGCCGGACGAGGGCAUCUGCAUCGAUGAGACGGUAUUUUCGAUGGACGAUAGUGGCGAAAUCGGAGAGAACGAGUUACGGCUGGCGGAGGACGAUGAUAACGACACUACGAAGGAUCUGGAUUUCAGCCGACCCUCACCGACACUGUUUUCGCUAACAUCUCCCAAAAGAGCUCGAAUGAUGUUGGAAAUUCAGAAAUCGGUUGAUCGGAAUGCGUCCGCUGUGAGUAGCUCUACAGCACGGCCAUCGAUGGUUACACCUUCGACGAGUUCCAGUUGCAUCAAAACGACCAUUCCGAACACAUCACAGUCGGUGUUUGGAUGUUCUGCAAAUGAAACGCCACAGCAGCCAGCGCAGAACCGUACACCGUGGAGCAUCCGUUCGUCGGUUCAAUCGAAGCAGGGCGGAGAUGUGAAGCGCCAAUCGAUUGCCGGUGCCAUAGACGAUUUGAACGAGAUGACGGAAGAGUUGAUCGAUUUUAUAAGGGGCUUCGACGAAAAGUACACCAGCGCUGAGAUCAACUGAGCGAUUCUAGGAGUCGCGUGGUGAGUCUAGCCCAGAGGCAAGGUAGCAAAAUCGGCUAUCCUAAUAAUCCCCAGCUGCGAUUCAAUUCUGUUUCGGAUCUUGAUCUUGCACAAUAAACUACACCGGUAGUUGAAGAGAUGUACACAUAUAGUUUCUAUUUUGGUUUUUCAUUCAUAAUUUGUUAUCUCUCUUAGGGGGGAGGGAAUGCGCACUGUUUAGUGCCCACGUUGUACGUAUGAAUCACGCAACAGCAAUCGAAAGGAGUGUUGAGAAGGACUUUUGCAAGCAUCGGGGCAAAUUUUGCCCGUGUGAAAUUAAUGACCAGUUAGUGAAGGGAGAGGCAUACUCAUGGUAAAAUGUUCGAGAGUUCGCUUGUACAGCGAGGGAAUGACUGUAAACCCAUCAUAUGGAGAUCAGGCUGGCGUGACUCGUGCGUAGAACGUCGGUGCAAACAUUUGCCUGCAUGGUAAGUGGGUCGUGUUUGGGGGUGUGGCACCGCCUUCUCGUUCUAGCAAGGUUGCUCGUUCCCGUAACGGUCUCUGCUGUGAUACGUGUAAAUCGUUUAUGUCUCACGUCGUCUUAUCUUAAGUAUCUUAAUAAUUGAUAUGUAUGCAAGGUGCGAUUUGGGGGUUUUGCUUCUAUUCAAUAGAGGGAAGGGAGGUAUGCUUCACAUUUGUUGAAGCAAUGCAAGCGUCGGCUUGAAAAAGAGUUAGAUAUUAUUUCACCUGCUUCUCUGUUCGUUUUCCCAAUCUCAUUCCUGUUCGUGAUCUGCUCGCAUAUGGUGGCUCUGUAUGUAGGUGUACUUGAUAUGUAUAUGAUCUCAAGGGCGAACUUUCCCUUCUCCGAUCUCCGGUUCCUGCAACAGCAGCAUGUUUUGUGUAAUGUUGUUUGUGCGCUUUUUUACACGCUGAUAUGUCGUUUGAUUUUUCACCCCAUUCUAUCCCUCUGUCUCAAUCGAAGGGCUCACUCAUAAUUAUCAGUGUAAGGACGUGCAUAUGUUUUGUUUUUAUCUUCCGUGGAUCGUCUCCGACGUUGGAUCCCGGUCACGCUGAACGUCUCCUUCGCUGGUCGGGUCCGUUGGACGACCUUUGCGCGGGGGUCUUGGGGCGGGGGGCUAGAAGGACUUUCAGCGCAGAGUUAUCGAGAUGGGAAAUCGAUGCCGUUCGGCCGAAUGGAGAACUUCACGCUAGGACUCUGGUUUUGCAAGAAAGGUGUCGCCGACGAACGCGCCCAGCAAAGGGACGUCACUCGGAAGUGCGCGAUCGGUAUCCGAACCGAGGGGGUAAAAACCCUUUUAACCUUCGCACAUCCCGAUUUUCUCUCUAGGAGCCAUUUAAUCGAUCGCUUCAAUCGCAAUGGGCCGACGCAAUUACGUACGCACGCGCGAUCGUUUUUGAAUGGAAAUAUUUGUUUCGUCGUUCUAGCGCGUCCAGCAGUGUUUCGCUAGCAACGGAUCUGUUCGAUUUGUUUGCCGGCCGUACGAAACGUAUCGGCCCUAGCCGGAAACCAUCAUUAAAGGGCUCCUAAAGGAUACUGGGGUGGCUGAAAAGGGGACGUUUAGGUUGGUUAGGCGGCUUUAGAGAAGAUACGAUCCGCAAGAACAACCGCAACCAAAGAUGCACCUUCGCACCUGUUGAAAAGACGUGGCGUUCGGGGAAACGUUUUCUCAUAAGAAUUCUCCCCUACUUUCGAAACUCCCAAUCACAGGGAUACACACGCACGCUUCCUUUCUUCCAUGUAAGAGUAUCAUCAUUUUAACCAUAACUUCUUCGUACGCCGUUUGUCAUGCCGGAUGCUGGACAUUUUCACUCACUUCACAACGUUGUUUUGUUUUUUCUUUUGAUAACGCCAAUUUUUCUGUUUUAAACACUUAGCAACUCAUCGUGGGAAAAAAUGUUACCAUUAAGUGUGGUAGUGUGUAUGUGUAGAAGAUUAAAAGUUCAAAAUGCCUCAGCCAGUAUGAAUAUUUUUGUAAAGGUGUUGUUUUGUUCGCUUUUUUUGUUGCUUUUUAGUUUUUUUUUUAGUUUUAAUUUUCUUCUUUUUUUUCGUGGUAUUUUUGUUUGUUUCUUUUGGGGAGUUUUUUGUUGUUGUAAUUAUUAUUUGUUCAUAACUUACGAUAACUUGCUAGGAUGUUCUUCUUUUUCUGCUUCCUUUCGCUCUUGCAUUCUUCUUACACCUAGAUGUGGAUUGUUUG